GAAAGUUGGGCUUAGGGAUAGGAUUGCGCAUUUCACUUGGCCAUGGUAAGCACCGCAACUCGGGCCCCUGGGACAGACAUGUCUGACUGCUCCCCCACAGGUUCGCGUGCACAAUGUCGACCGGCGCCAUCGCCGUCGUGUUGGCAAACACCCCAAACACCUUCCCCGGCCUCAUGACCAUCGGCAAAAUCUUCUACAUCACUAACCUAAUCCUUUUCGUCUUGUUCACCGCACUGAUAACAACGCGCUUCAUUCUCGUGCCCGCAAAACUCGUCGCCUCGCUACUACACCCAGUGGAAGGCCUCUUCUUCGGCGCGUACUGGGUCACCGUCAGUCUGAUCCUGAACGGCGCGCAGAGCUACGGCGUUCCAGCCAGCGGACCGUGGCUCGUCAAAGCGCUCGAGAUAUGCUACUGGACGUACUGCGGCGUGGUCUUUGUCGUGGGUGUAGGACAGUACUACGUCUUCUUCCAGAGCGUGAAGCUGAACAUGCACGACGCGGUGCCGGCGUGGAUCUUUCCCAUCUACCCGCUCCUUGUCGUCGGGACGAUGGCGGGGACGAUGAUACCCAGCCAGCCGACGGACCGAGGGUGGUAUAUGUGGGUCGGAGCGGUGGCUUUCCAAGGUCUGGCCUGGGUCGUCGCACUCCUCAUGUACUCGCUGUACACGCAGCGUCUCAUGACCAGCGAACUACCCUCGCCCUCCACACGCCCAGGCAUGUACGUCUCCGUCGGGCCCGCAGGGUACACGGCGGCGGGCCUCAUCUCGCUCGCCACGCAAGCCUCCACUGUCGUACCCGGUUCCCAGUUCACGCAGCUUGCGCUCCCGGACGGCGAUCUCAUCAAGAACCUGGGCAUCCUCGCCGGCUUGUUCAUCAUCCUGUUUGCCUUCUGGUUUUGCUGCAUUUCAACGGUUGCGGUGCUCGCGGGUGUGCGCCAGAUGUCUUUUACACUGAACUGGUGGGCGUUCAUUUUUCCGAAUGCUGGACUAACGCUGGCGACGAUCCAGAUUGCGGGGGCGCUGAACAGUGACGGAAUACGAGGCGUGGCCAGCGCACUGACGAUAGUGCUUGUGAUGCUGUGGCUGCUGGUGGCGGUGCUCUGUAUUAAGGCGGUGUACAUGGGGGAGUUGCUGUGGCCUGGGAAAGACGAGGACAAGACCAUGAAGGGAAUCCGCUGGGGGAGAAAUGGCGCGUUUCCGGAAUAUAAUGCCGAGGCGCAGAAGGAGAGGGAAGACUAGAGACUGGGUUUUGUCGCGAUGUCUUCGUUUGAUUAUCUCUAAUGAUGAUACCCGGACUUUGAAUCAUCUAC